AAACACUUAAGUUUGAUGUUCAAUAUAGUGAAGAAGAAAAUAUUCCGAAAACAACGAAAUGGCUUAUGUGUGCAGGAAAAAAGAAUAAUAAAGAUUCAUGGGAGUCGAUUGCAACAAUUAUUCCUGAAAAGCAAAAUGAAGAAAUUUUUAAUGGGAAAUUUUAUUCAUAUCUUUCCCUUCGAAAUUCUUCAGAACUUCCUGUAAUUUUACAUUCAAAUGGUUGGGAACUUACGCCAAAUAGAAGAAGCCUUAAAUCAAAUAGCGAAAAGAAUAUUAAUAUUUUAAAUAAUAUUUCCGAACUUCAUGUAAGACUCUUUGAAAGGCUUACGAAAAUAGAGCAUCCAAGAAAUGAAAAUUAUCAAAUGAUUUCUCAACUCUGGCCGAUUCCGGAAACCGAAAGUGAUACAUUUAAAAUUAAAGAAUAUGGUAAAAAGGUAUUAGAACGUUUAUGUGAAAAAAAUUCUGAAAUAUUUUGGUCCCCAUAUGGAGAUGGCAAAUAUGUUAACUUAAUAAAUAGUAUCUUUAUAAAUGAUGACACGCCAAAAAAUAUUGUAGAGUUUCUGAAUAAGCAUAAUUACUCUACAGUCAAAAUUAAACCAGAGCACCUAAAUGAAUUCAAAGAAAAAAAUGGAUAUCAGCAAGCUAGUCCUCAAUUUAUUCGAGAUAUCUUGAAAAAUGAUGAAUCCAUAUUAGAUUCUACAGAUUUAACAUUAUCCGAGAGGUUUUCCUUGCUGAAGUAUAUUCUUGAAGAUAACAAUUAUUGUGAUCUUGAAAAUAUUUCUUUGGUUCCACUAUUUGGCAACAAAUUUGGAAAGUUUGCAACUGAGAGUAAUUAUAGCAUGGCUACAUUAGAACAGCUAAAAUUAUUUCCUAAAGUUGGAUUGGAAUACUUUAUUCCUAUUGAUCUGUUAGAAGCACACGAUUUGUAUACAAUAUUUGUUAAAAAUGAAUUUCUCAAAGCUACAAAUAUUCAAUUUUUCGGCGAACUAACAAUCAGACGUUUUCUACAACAAGAGUUUUAA